AUGGAGAGUGGACGCCCUGUGUCUCGCUCCUCGAUUGAGGGUCGAGGUGAGACCUCUUCUGGGGAGACGGCAGCACCCCCGACUGCAUCGUCGACACCUGCUCCGCCAGUGCGCAUGGGACCCGAACCUCCGCCCAAGACAGCCAAAGAUGCAUCCGAGACUCCCCGCCACAUGUCUACCGAGCCUACGAAUGGUGCGAGUGGAAACAACACAAUGCUCCCACCUCUGCCCCUGCCCCUACCAUUGCCACUGCCCCCACCAUCGUCUCUGUCGCACACACAAACGGGAACAACACCAGGUCCGUCUGUGCUGCCUGGACUCGCCUCGCUGACAUCAUCCGUGCCGCCGUUUGGACACGGAUCGACCAAGAGUGGCGAUGAUCGUGCAAAAACACCUGGAGCUGGACCUGGUCUGCCACCCUUUGGUCCCGGUCUACCCCCCAUUACCUCUGUCAGCGCCGCCGGCACACCCGGUCCGACCUCCCUUUUGCCCUCUGCUAGUCCAAACACCGUUCCUCUCCCCCUUGCUGCCCCCACCCCUCUUCCCAUGAACCCGAAUGCUCUCAACCCGCGCUAUUCUCCUCCGCGCUCUCCCCUUCCUGCCGAUGCCCCUGCCCCCUCGUCCCCCGAGGCUCGCCCGCUCAACGUCAAGGAUGCCUUGUCCUACCUCGAGAUGGUCAAGGUCAAGUUCCAGGACAAACCAGAUGUCUACAACCACUUUUUGGACAUUAUGAAGGACUUCAAGAGCCAGGCAAUCGACACGCCUGGCGUCAUCGACCGAGUCUCGUCGCUUUUCAACGGUCACACCGCUCUCAUCCAGGGUUUCAACACUUUCCUCCCUCAAGGUUACCGUAUCGACUGCACUGUUGACCAGCACGACCACAACCUUAUUACGGUUACCACUCCAUCCGGCACCACCACCCAAACAACCGGUGGUCCAUCUCGUCAUGUGCUUUCUACCCACGCUUCGCCCGCGCCCUACCCGGCCAUAGUCCACUCCACCACUCUCCCACCUGGCCUCCCGCCUCUCCCGGCCUCUCCAUACUAUCAAGCCGCCUCUCCUUCUACGGUCCAUGCUGUCACCGCACUCCAGGCAUCGGGCCCUCCUCUCAUCCCAGGUACCACAGCCCUCUCCUCCUCCGCCCUGGCCUCUGCAUCCGCCAUCCACCCGGACUCGGCCCUCGCCCAAAAGAACGCCCCGCCCAUGGUCGAAUUCAACCAAGCUGUGAACUACGUGAACAAGAUCAAGCAGCGCUUCGCCUCGGACCCGGACACCUACAAGCAAUUCCUCGAGAUCCUCCAAACCUACCAAAAGGAGCAACGCCCCAUUGCAGAAGUCUACCAGCAGGUCAACGUCUUGUUCAACAACCAGCGCGAUUUGUUGGAGGAUUUCCAGCAUUUUUUGCCCGACCAUGGCGGGAACGGCGGGAGCGUUCCUGGUCAAUCGGCCGGGAACAGCGGUGCGCUCUUUGGCAUGGUCGCUCAGAUCCAGGCUGCCGAGAGCAACUGGGCUCGGUUCACCUCUACUGCAGAAGACAAGUCGGCAGGCAAAGGCAAAGAGUCGAGUGCUGCAGGCGGCAGUGGUGGGAGCGGCGGCGGUGGUGGUAGCAGUAGCGCACCCACGAGCAAGCCUGCGGGGAACAGUGCCGACAAGGAUAAGCGCAAGGAUGCCAAGGACCGUGAGCGCGAACGCGAGCGCGAGCGUGAAAAGGAGCGAUUGGAGCGGGAGAGGCUUGAAAAAGAGGCCCGCGAGCGUGAGAAAGAGAAAGGAAAGUUGGAGGCAAAGAGGAAGAAGCGUGGUUUGGAAAAGGAGCCAGAGAAGAACGGCAAGCCUGGUAACAACAGCAAGAGGACCAAGGUUGCCCAUCGCGAAGACGAGCCGUAUGCACCUGGCUCCCCGCCGCCUGCCCAACAGUACCACUCGAACCCGAACCAGCCCUCGACGUCUCAAUCGCUACUCCACCAUCCGCUCUCCACGCCGGACGAGAUUGCGUUCUUUGAGCGCGUGCGAAAAGUGAUCGACGACCGCACGGUGUACCAAGAAUUCGUCAAGAUGCUCAACCUCUUUGUCCAGGAAAUCAUCGACGCCCGAACGCUUGUCGAUCGUGCGCGCACGUACUUGAACGACGAACUCAUGGUUCAAUUCAAGGACAUUAUGGGCUGGGACGAUCGCACCGUCGAAGUCGAUACCGGGUCCGGAGAAGGAGGUCCCGUUGCGCCCGCCCUCGACCGCCCGCGAAUCGAUCUGGGCAAUUGUCCCAAGUUUGGACCGAGCUACAGGCGGUUGCCUCAUUCUGAAGUUAAUCUGGCAUGCUCGGGCCGAGACGCCAUGUGCUGGGAAGUCCUCAACGACGAGUGGGUCUCCCAUCCGACCUGGCUAUCCGAAGAAUCUGGGUUCACGACCGGCAAGAAAAACUCGUACGAAGAGGCGAUGCACAAGUCGGAAGAAGAGCGCCACGAGUACGACUUUAACAUCGAAGCCCUCCUCCGCACGAUCGCCAUCCUCGAGCCGAUCAAGGCCCGCAUCGACGCGAUGGACCCGGACAAGCGAGCGACCUUUACGCUCGAUCCUCAUCUCGGCGGCCAGUCGCGGGGGAUCUACCAGCGCGUGAUUAAAAAAGUGUACGACAAGACCGUCGGGGCCGAGGUGAUCCGUGCGCUGCACGAGAACCCGUCCGUGGCCGUUCGCGUCGUGCUCGACCGGCUGAAGCAAAAGGAAGAAGAGUGGAAGCGUGCCCAGCGCGAGUGGAACAAGGUCUGGCGCGAGGUCGAGGCGAGGAACUAUUAUAAGAGUUUGGACCACCAGGGCGCCAACGUCAAGGCCAACGACAAGAAGGCGCUCACGUCCAAGCAGCUCGUGCUCGAGGCCGAAGCGAGGCGGAAAGAGGGCCACAAGGCCCGCCAUCGCAUGGUCGAUCCGACGUUUAGGCGGGUGGAGCGCGAGGACGCGGGUGCUGCGCCCGCCGGCAUGGCGUUUGUCAUGGACGAUAUGGGUGUGGUGCAAGACGUCAUCAAGCUCGUCUUGGUCUAUCUCGACCGCUCGUCGAGCAGCGUGUGUGCGCCGGACGAGAAGAAGCGCGUCGAGCGGUUUUUGAGGACGGUUGUCCCGAUGGUGUUUAUGCAGGACCACGCAACGUUCGACGCUGCCUUUGGAGACGCCAUCGAUAGCGGAGGGGAAGAUUAUCCCAUGUCGGACGAUACCGCCGACGAAGGCACUCGAAAGCGCGGCACGGGGACAGGAAACGACUUGCGUAAACGUGCGCUGAAGAACCAAAAGGCGCCUCCCCGCCCAGCGAGGCCCGCGCGGGCGUCUCCGAUGGCGGUCGACCCACCCGAGGCUGUCUCGUCCGAAUCGAACCUGCCCGAAGGUGUGUGGGUGCGCAUGGACGAGCCUGCUCCCCCUCCCGCUGGGUCUUCGUCCUUGUCCCCGUCGUCGGAUGGCAAACGGCUCAAGGGCACGAUAUAUGUGAACAAUGCGGUUUACGUCCUGUUGAGGAUCAUUCAGAUAUGGUACUCCCGUCUGGUCUCGCUCAAGAAAUUGGCCAAGACGCUGUCCGAGAGCGAAACGUCGUACCUUGAGAACCCGUUGGCUGUCCAGCUUGGACUGAACGAUGCAGUCCCGCCCAGUGCUCAUAGGCUUAUUCCGGCCAAUAGCAAAGCGAUCAAUCCCGCCGAGUUUUAUCCUACAUUGUUAGACGCGAGCGAGCGCAUGUUUGAUGGCGAGAUUGACUGGCAGCAGUUUGAGGAAGUUGCGCGGUUCAUGUUUGGCACCAAAGCUUAUGUGGUUUUCACGAUCGACUUGUUCGCCAGUCGGGUCAUCAAACAGGCGCAAAUUAUACUCGGCGAUCCACGUUGGCCCGAACUGUUCUCCCUUUUACAAAAAGAACGCCGCGAGACUGCGCCCGGGCCGACUUCCCAAUUCUUGAUCAACUACCGGCGCCAGGUCGAGUCUCUCAUUGCGGGCGAAGACUCGCGCGAAAAGGAUAAUUCGAAUUUGAACGUUCAUCGUAUUGUUUGGAAUGGGGAGAGGAGAGUGUUGAGCUUCCAGUUGCUCGCGAGGGAUGAUGGGAGCGUUAUGGACAGCGAGACAAUGAAUGGACGGUGGAGACAGUAUAUCGACUCGUAUGUUUUGACACACCAAACAGAGGGCAUUCGUGGCACUGUGGCUGGACCUUUACUUCGUCGAAACCUUCGAGCAAACGACUCGGCCGAAGAAACACCCAAAUACCAUGCCGAAGGAGGUCUUCACAUCAAAGUCGACAUGCUCACCUACCGCUUGUUCUUCGUUUCCCGGACCGAAGAAACAUACUGCCGUGAACGCACGAGCUCAGAAGUCCGCCAGUUGGACGAGCAAGCCAAAAGGACGGCAUCCGCACGGACCAAGGCGUUUGAUACAUGGUUGGCGAGCAAGACCGAGGAUAGGCAAAAACAAGACGAUGUGUCGAUGGAAAUGUAA